AUGGCGGCGACUCGGAUGCAACACAACCAUCUGUACAUUCAAGUUUUGGACUGGCACAAAGUCGGCGCGUAUCGCAUCUGCGGGCUCCAAAUCCAUAGAGACGGCAGCAUUCGUGCCCAGGUCGAAUAUGACAAUGGCAAGCCUUACUGGGGAUGGAUACAUUCGAACGACGAUAUGUCCACAAUCGGAGCAGUCGUCCUGUUCGAAUUAGCCAACCUUGGUUCCAAGUACCGACUGUACGUGGAGAAACUCAAAGCGUUUAAAGCCGAUACCGAAAAGACUGCCGAAGACAUUCUGAUCGCCUUUCUGGACGAGCUCAAGAGCCUCGAGUUGCUCGGCGCUUCUGGGCAAACUCUAAUGACCGAAGUCAAGGCAGAGGCUGGCCGAAGGGGCUUUGCAAAUUCGACGGAUAUUGUUCGCUCCGAGCAUUUCGUCACCGUACAAUGUGGGAUUAGCGGGUUAGUCCGAGAUGAAUCGGAUAAAGCUUUGGUCGUUCGUUGGGCUGUAUCGAUGGAAGAGUAG